GCUUCAGUAACUUAUUUAGAAUUAACUCUGAGCCACGUGAUGCACCGCAUUGGGCAGUAUUGGAUAGUGAAGCAACAAACAAAGAUCGGAAUAGCAUUCUAUCCAUAACAGUGCCCAUUCAAUACCAGGAAUAAUGGAGAGCCCACACGAGCACCAGCAGGCAGUGAUUCUCUCGCGAAUUAUCAAUAACAUUGAAAAACUGAAUGAAUCUAUUAUGGCUAUGAACAAGAGCCUUCAGGAGGUCAAUAUCCAGAACAUGAAUGUGGAGCUUGUGGCGCAAAUGUUCAAGAACUACCAGUCCAAUGUGCUGUUUCAUUUGGAAGCUACGGAGAACUUGACAGAACCGGCGCAAGGCGAGUGAGGUCGUUCAGUGUAUUUAUAGUACAUGAUGGGAUAUGAGAUCAAUCAUGAAGAUAUGAGAUACCACAAGGAAUAUAUGUUGGCAAGAAGGAUCUUGGGAUUAAUUCGAACGUGAGCUUUAUUUUGCACGGUAUAUUUUGGAAUAAUUUUCUUUCCCUAUGGAUAGAAUAGACCUGGAAGGGAG